UGGUGACUGCUUUGCCUGUGGGGCGCAUGCGCAGUAGGGCAGCUAGGCGUGCGUACCGAGUUCCUGCUGCUGUGGUGGUUUGUGUUCCUGCCAUGAGAUUCUCGCUGCCGUUGUUGACCCUGCUGCCGCUCCUUCCCGGUCCGUGGAUCGAGCUAGGGAAUGGUCAGGUGACUAACAUGGUUCAGCUACCAGGUGGGAGAUUCCAGAUGGGAACAAAUUCACCAGAUGGCAGAGAUGGUGAAGGACCUGUUCGGGAAGUGACAAUAAAACCUUUUGCCAUUGACAUAUUUCCUGUCACCAAUAAAGAUUUCAGGGAGUUUGUCAGGGAGAAAAAGUACCGGAGAGAGGCUGAGAAGUUUGGGUGGAGCUUUGUCUUCGAGGACUUUGUCUCCGACGAGCUUAGAAACAAAGCAACUCAGCAGAUGAAGCCUGUUCUUUGGUGGCUUCCAGUGGAAAGGGCUUUCUGGAGACAGCCUGCAGGUCCUGGCUCCGGCAUCCGAGAGAGACUGGAGCUCCCCGUGGUACAUGUGAGCUGGAAUGAUGCUCGUGCCUACUGUGCUUGGCGGGGAAAACGGCUGCCCACCGAGGAGGAGUGGGAGUUUGCAGCCCGAGGGGGCUUGAAGGGUCAGGUUUACCCCUGGGGAAACCAGUUCCAGCCAAACCGCACCAACCUGUGGCAGGGCAAGUUCCCCAAGGGUGACAAGGCUGAGGACGGCUUCCAUGGAGUCUCCCCAGUGAAUGCCUUCCCCCCACAGAAUAACUAUGGGCUCUAUGACCUCGUGGGCAACGUGUGGGAGUGGACUGCUUCACCAUACCAGGGUGCUGACCAGGACAUGCGUGUCCUGCGGGGGGCAUCCUGGAUCGACACAUCUGAUGGCUCCGCCAAUCACCGGGCCCGGGUCACCACCAGGAUGGGCAACACUCCAGAUUCAGCCUCAGACAACCUAGGCUUCCGCUGUGCUUCCGGUAUAGGCCGACUGCCUGGGGAGCUGUGAGCAGCCAUGCAGAGCCAAGGAGAAGACCCCCCCACCCCGGGGUACCUGUGCUGCUCCCUGGCCACAUUCCAAAGAUAGCCAAACUCAAGCUCUUCACCCUCAGCCUCAGGAGUGACUGCCUUCCCUUCCCCCAUCCCUUUGUGACAGAUACCUCUUAUGGGGCAGGAGAGACCUCUGACCUCAGAGGAGGCCACUGUCUCUUGGUGAAGGGGCCCAACUCACUGAUUGUGGCAGGGAGCUGGGUGUUUCUCUUAGAGGUCAAAUAUUAAACAUAUAGGGGCCAAAUUCUUUAACAAGUGAGGCAGAGUACUCCUAAAAGUAGUUUGUUAAAAAAAUUUAAAUCUGUUCCCUCCCCCUAUCUCAGUGUCUGAUUCAGGGAUCUGGUGGUAUUUUCUCAGGGUAGAAUUUCCCCAGUUCUCUGUUUUCCCAGCAAAUUGCUGUAGAAAAAAAAAUGCUUCCUUCAUUUGUCUCAUUUAUAGUGCUUUAUGUGCUUCUGAAGGAACCCGAUUCCCACUAGCUGUAUGUGAAAUGCAGUAACAUGGACUCUUUAAGGCACAGCAUCAGUCUUUAAAGGGCCAGGAGGCCAAAUUGUGAAUCGUGAAGUCACAAAGUAAUAGUCUUCCAGAAAGACAAAUGUGAGAUGUUUCCCUUUCUAUUGUUAAUUACGUAAGGGCUUCUAUAUGCUUCUAGAAAACUGUCCCCUUGAGAAGAACCUGCUCCCAUGGACGUUGUGAGGCCAGUAAAGUCUCCCAUGAUGGUG